ACACUAAAAAUUUCAGUUCCGAUCUGCUCAUCUAGCAAUUAACAACAAGAAUGUUACAUUUAAUAAUAUUCUUUUGUAUUUGUACAAAAUUAACAACCAGUUCGAUACAAACCGAACAGUUUUACAAUGUAAACGAAGAAAUACCGAAUUUCAAUCGAAGAGUGCCCAAAAUUUUGGCCCCGGGAAAAGAUAAUAUGAUAUCAAUAAAAAUUAUAAAACCACAUCAUCCGAAUAUAAACGAAAAUUAUUACAAUGGAGAAUAUCCAGUUGAAGAAGUAGAUAUAAACGGAAAUCGCGAGAAUAAUCCACUGCAGCCGCUUUCAAACGAAGGCAAGCAACGCGUGAAUGAAAUCAGUGUGAAAUUACGAAAUGUAUGGAAUAGUCCCAUUGCACUCGUAAUUCAAGACAACCCGGAAGUGUUACGCACAGCCGGACUCUACAUGGAUUAUAUUUUAAGAAGACCUGAACUAAGAAAUGAUUUUUGGUUGAUGAAAUAUAAUUCAACAGGUGUGUCCGGGGUAAUCGCACAGAGUUCUCUGACUGACCCGGAAACUUUCCGGCGUUUAUUGACAUCCGGUACAUCAGGGACGAGACAAAACAUAGGACAAAUGGAAACCGCAGCUAGUUUUUUCAGUGUGCUGAAAGCAACGCGUGCAUUACCUCCGAAUGCGGCCAUUUUGAUGUUUACUGAUUCACCGAUUGAAGAUGAAGAUGUCGCGCAGAUCGCUAUCAAAGAAACGCAAAAGAAACAAAUACGCUUAUUUGUGGUGUGGCAAGGUGAUUAUCCGACUGCUCGCCAGGAAUACAAACUCUUGCAGGAAGCGACCGAAUUGACUCACGGCGCGUUUGUUAUCGGUAACACCGAGCGGAAGUACGCAACAGAUACUAACUAUGUGCAAGUCAGCGGGAAAGCAAAUCCUGUAAUUACGCAUCUGACGGGUGUUCACGGUCAACGGCGUGUGCGCGUGCCAAUCGAAAACGGCGUGAGCGCGAUUCACGUUUCCAUGAGUAAUACAGUAACCAAAGCCGUUUUACACACACCAAAUGGUUACCUGAUCGAUCUGUUGAACAUUACCGCUGCGUCACGAUACGCGCGUGGUUCAUACGUGGUGAAGACUGACACGACCUUCGAAUGCGAGCUGGCGCUCACCGCCGCCGCCGUCGGCGAAAUGUUACAGACUGACCCAACCAAGCUGGGCGCCGCGACGCCUGCCGCCGCCGUCGGCGAGUGGCUGUUGGAAACCGACGCGCCUGCGCGCAUUUAUUACGACAUUGUUGUUUCCGCGCGACACGCGCUCACGGUCGAGGCGAAUGUCGUGGCCGCAAACCGCAAUGGACAGCCAACAGGCAAGCGACGUCUGCAUUUGAAUAUCGUCGGUGAUUACGCAAAAAUCGACAACGUCACACUGAUAACAUCCGAUGGUAAACGACUAGCAUCACAAAACCUACGCUUCAGCGUCAAUGACCGUCUUAAGAGUCAAGAUGACAUCGAAACAUUCAAACCUGGUGGAAAUGUGGACAUUGACUUGGAAGAUCUGCCCAAAGAGAAACUUUACAUACAAUUACACGGAAAAGAUUCAACUGGUAAUGAUUUCCAAAGAAUUUCAUAUUAUAAUCCCAUGAAUAUUCAUAAAAUCAUCGAACCUACGACUAUAACUGUCGGUGAAGGAAGUGAACUACUCCAAGCACCAGGAAGGAGCUCAAACAUCUUGUAUAAAGUCACAAAUAAUCGAGAUAAUGUGAUUUUCAUGCGUUUUCAAGCGACUGAUGAACGUGCAUACCUUAGACAUCUAUCACCAUUAUGGGCAUGGAUAAACCCGCAUCAAACAGUAGUAGUAACUCUACACAUGGUUUCUAAGGGUGGUGAUGAUCUAGUCACACUUUCUGCAUCCAGUGGUUCAGACAGAAUCGAUAAAAAAUCAAUAGUUCGUUCUACAGACUCAAAUACAGCUUAUGGCCAAGAUAAUGAAGUUCCACACAUGUGGCACAAGUUUACAAGCAAUUGUCAAGAUGUAAUCUUCAGUAGAUGUGAAGAUCAUUCAUGGACUAUGGAAGUGACAGCUCAGGACAGAGAAACUGGUCUACUUUUGAUACAAUCAAGUCCUGAAGGAUUGUACUUUCCACAUGGAUAUAUCAGUGGUACAACUGAUGAAGUGACUGGUGUUUUGAGUGGAUCUUGUUGUCAGUCAGGUGUUGUUUUGACUGCUAUUGAUCUUAAGAAUAAUAGAAGAUCGUAUGAAGCUAAUGCAUAUUGGGCUGCAUUGGGUUCUGCAGCAAUUGCUGCAAUUGUCAUCAGUAUUUUGUUGAUUUUAGCGAUUAUAGGCAUCAUUGUGUACUGUUGUGUCUGGGGACCUGGGAAGAGGAAACAGAAGGCUUCGCAUGAUAUUCCUGAAGCAACGAUUAGGUAUAGAGGACCUGAGAAUUCGGCAACUACAACUAGAUAUUAAUUAUUUAACAUUUAAUUUGUGUUCAGCUGGUUUUCCAUAUUUUUUAAGACUUUGUAGACUUAACAUCUCAAAAUAUGUGCCGUAAUUAUUAAUUAUCUUUAGGUAAGUCCGUAAUAAGUUAAAAUAAUACUUAUUUAAGUUAAUUUUUAAGUAUUUUAUGACUUUUUAUAACUUUUUAAAUUAAUGCAAACAAGAUGUAUGAUGUGUUGCAUAUAGUAAAUCACUCAACGUCACUGUCAAAA